AUGUAUUCCAGUUGUUCUCUUAAAGGAUUCUUUCAUGAUCAUCAGAACCAUAGAAAGGGAGGUGGCGACGUUGAUAUGGGUGGAUUUGAUACCAAAUACAGGAAUCAAUCAUCACAGAGUAGUGACGCGGAUGACGGAAGUGAGUAUCCAAUUUGGGGAGAUGACUCUCAUUCUGAUUGGCUUCCCACCCGAUCUGGCGAUGGACGCCAAAAGAAGUCAGCAAAGCAUCUAUCAGUGAAAAGUAGGGAAAAUAAAUGUAGGAACAAGAUCCAAACAGUUUAG